UUCAGUUCGAGAGGAGCCUUUCGCGGGGCGAGUAGUGUUUUUAUCCGAGUGCUCUCGCCGACUUCAUGUGUGUUUGCUGAACUGACCGGUCGGCAAGAGGAUUCUUAUUUUACUUUCGCCAGUUCGGAUUGGACUGUUUUGUGCAAAAUAUCCUUAAAAUUCGGUGCAGUGCUUCUUGUAUAGUUGAUCCCGAGCAUGUCGGCACCCGCGAGUGAAAUCCGCGUGCAGACUGGAUUUUUUCAUUCUUACUGAAUGGUGAAAUAGGAGUCGAAAUUUCGUCCGCACUACACAAGAUGGCUGCGCGCCGCCUGAACCGCCCAGCGUCAGCGCCGCCGCCGCCGCGGCUGCUGCUCGUGCUGGGCUUCCUGCUGACCACGUGGUGGCCUCCAACGGUCGGCGACACUAGCGCCGCCACGACGCACCCGCCAAUGCCGCCGCCACCACCGCCGGUGCGUCACGUUUACGCCCAGUACCCUUCAAGCGGGGGCAAAGACGACGCCCCGACGCGCUUCUCGCACAUGGUGGUGCACAGGGCGACGGGCAGGGUGUUCGCGGCCGGCACCAACCGCCUGGUGCAGCUUGACGGCAAGGAUCUGCACCAGGAUGUCGUGGUGCACACAGGUCCUCACGAGGACAACGUGCAAUGCCACGCUUCCGGCUGCACUUCGACUGACAUUGAAACAAAGUUGACGGACAACUUCAACAAAAUCCUGGUGCUCGACUACGACAGGGGCACCCUCAUCGCGUGCGGUUCGGUCAAACAGGGUGCCUGCCAGAAGUACCUGGUCUCCAACUUGUCUAGGGAGCCUGAGUUCGUGGCCAAGAGCAUUGCGGCCAACGACGAGCACCUUUCCACGUUCGCGUUCAUCGGGCCCGAAAAGUACAACCCGUGGGGCGCUUCCAACGUGCUCUACAUUGGCACCACCUUCACCAACAACGGAGAAUACAGACACGAUGUGCCUGCCAUCGCCAGCAGAGAAUUGUACAAUCUGAGCCUCACUGAAGACACCUUCUCCAGGAAGUCCAGCUUAGAGAUCGAUGUGAAGUACAGAGACCACUUUUUAAUCAAAUACGUUUACGGCUUCAACGCAAGCGACUAUUCGUACUUUGUGAUCGUGCAGAAGAAGUCGCAUCUUCCGGGCCAGGAGGACGGCUACGUGACGCGUCUGGCGCGCACUUGCAUCACCGACGCCAACUACGACAGCUACACCGAAGUGACCCUGCAGUGUCAGUCGCAGGACGGCGGCCUCAUCUACAACCUGGUGCAGGACGCGAAGGUGACACGCGCCGGCGCUGACCUGGCCGCCAGUUUUGGCCUGGAUCCAGACACCCUGGUGCUGGUGGCCGUUUUCGGUCCCAGCAAGGGCAGCACCAGCGAGCCGCAGGCCAAGUCGGCCAUGUGUGUGUUCAGUUUGAGCAGCAUCGAGACCAAAUUCAACGAGAACAUCCACAUGUGCUUCAACGGCAGCGUCACCGACAGGAAUUUGGGAUACAUUUCUGGGCCUGUCCUCGACGGACGCUGUCCCGCUGCAGGGACCACGGGCAACAUAUUGAAUUUCUGCGAGGUGGGAUUGAAAAUCUCAGGCAAGACGCCAAUCAUCAAUCGAGCUGUGAUUCAAUUCCCCGACACGUCGCUCACUUCGGUCACCAUAGCAACGACGGAGCGGCACACGGUUGCAUUCCUCGGCACCAAGGACGGCCGUCUCAAAAAGGUGUUCAUUUCCGACGGCAACUCGGCCUUCGAGUACGAGGAAAUCGUGCUGGACCCUGGAAACGCAAUCCUGCCCGACACCAGCGUGGACCGAAGUGGCGACUUCCUCUACGUGCUCACCACCGCCAAAAUCCUGAAGGUCAAGGUGGAGCACUGCUCGAGUUUCGCCAACUGCUCGUCCUGCCUGGAAGCCAGGGACCCCUACUGCGGCUGGUGCUCGCUCGAGAAAAGGUGCACCGUGAGAAGGGAAUGCCAAAAAGCGGCGCACAGCUCUCCGAGGUGGCUGGCCUUAGGCUCGGGUCAGCAGUGUAUUGACUUUGAGCAAGUGCUCCCAGAUCAUAUUCCUAUUAAUCAAAUGACUGCUGUCCAACUGACAAUCCGCACCCUUCCCGAGUUGCCCUCCGGGGCCAAGUACAAGUGCGUCUUCGGCGGCGCCGACCCGAUCGACGCCUCGGUGACGGCGAACGGACUGACCUGCAUGUCACCGCCCGUCCAACGCCGGCCCACGAUUCCCGAAGAGCAGGACCACAUCUUGGUGCCGUUGUCGGUGCGUUCCUCGGAGACCAACAAGGACUUCGUGAGCCGAAACUUCGCCUAUUACGACUGCAGCCGACACUCGACGUGCCGCGAGUGCGUCCAGUCGCAGUGGGCGUGCAACUGGUGCGUCUACGAGAACAAGUGCACGCACAACACCUCCUCGUGCCAGAGGACCGUGGUCAGCGGCGAAAAUGUAAGCAUCCUCCAUAUGCUCCAACAGAAUCCAACCCAAUUGGCCGCUCAGGGAGCAAAGUUUUGUCCUCGGUUUGUGGACUCAGACGACAGCAUCCUCCUGCCCAACAACGUCCAAAAGGAAAUUCGCCUGCAGGUAGACAACCUGCCUCACCCUCAGGCUGGCCACUCGGGAUUCCAGUGCAUUGUGACCAUCGAAGGCGCCAAAAUGAUGCUGCCCGCCAGGGUGGAGCAGCACCGAUUCAUCGUUUGCGACAUCACACCAUACUCUUAUGAAGCAAAUACCGGAGAGUACCAAGCGAGUUUGACCCUCGUGUGGAACAGAAACCACUUCGUCGACACCACCAACAUCACUCUGUACAAGUGCGAGAUCUUGGGCUCUCACAGGGAACACCCAGACUGCUCCCUUUGUGUCACGAGCAACGCCAAGUACGAGUGCUCCUGGUGCGGAAACAAGUGCAGCUACAGCAACAGUUGCCUCCAGACGCCUGUCAACGAGUGCCCAAAACCGAGGAUUGAUAUGAUUAAACCUUUAAGUGGCCCAAUUGAGGGUGGCACCCUGGUAACCAUCGAGGGCAGUGAUUUGGGUCUGAAAGAGGAAGACGUCAAGGGAAGAAUCAGCAUCGGAAGCAUUCCUUGUGAACUGGUCAAUUACCAAGUGUCAGUUCGAAUCGAGUGCAGGACUGGAGCAUCGAUUGAUGGAGAAAUGACUGCCCCUGUAAUUGUUGGCAACGAGGCUGGAAUCACCGAGUCUGUUGUCCGCUUCAGCUACAAGAACAUUGUUUUGGAAGGAUUGUACCCUUCUAUGGGCCCUGAGAGUGGAGGCACGCAAUUGGCCAUCACCGGCCAGUUUCUGAACAUCGGCUCCACCGUUUUCGCCUCUUUGGACGAUCUGCCCUGCCAGGUCAACAUGACCCAGGCCUCGAGCAGUCGAAUCACUUGCACCACCUCCAAAUCCAGUGGCCCAAGUCGAAUCAACCGCCUCACCCUCAGCAUUGACGGCGCCAACCGAACCUUGGAAGGAAACUGCUUCAACUACACAAUGGACCCGACCAUCAUGGACAUCAAACCGUUGAAGAGUUUUGCCUCUGGAGGCAGAAUGAUCACAAUCCACGGAACAAAUCUGGACUCCAUUCAACAGCCCGAAAUGGUUGUUUACAACGAGGAUGACCCCAGUCCUAUCAACAGGACGACUUGCACUGUACUGAGCCAUGCCCACAUGGAGUGUCCGUCUCCGCCUAUCAAUCUCGAGUUCCUGACGGCCUCCAGACAGAAGCGUUCGCGUUUCCAAAGGUCCCUGCAGAAGUUCAAAGAGUCCAUGUACCGUAUAGGAUUUGUUAUGGACAACGUUGAAACCGUCCGCGACCUGGUAAAGUACUUUGACAACAUUCCGUCGCUUCUGACCUACGUCGAUGACCCGAAAAUCUUCCAAUUCCCAAACCACAUCAAACUCUACAAAGGGGACACCCUUGUGAUCGAGGGUGAAAACCUGAACCUUGCGAGUGAUGAGUCGGAUGUCAACGUGACCAUUGGCACCCGUCCCUGCAACGUGACCUCGCUAGCAAUGACCCAACUGGUCUGCACCCCUCCUGAUGUCCAACCCUACGGCACUGAUGAGCUCGGCAUCCGGACUGACUCCAAUCUGCCGCUGGUGGUAGUCAGGGUUGGACAGACGCUGCGCUUCCCCAUCGGCUACCUCAAGUACGAGGUCAUGAAGCCGUACAACUUCCCGGACGAGGCCAUUUUCGGAAUCGCCGGCGGCACCGUUCUGCUGGUCAUCCUCUUUGCAGCCGUCCUCAUCGUUUACAGAAGAAAGUCCACCCAAGCCGAGAGGGAGUACAAACGCAUCCAGAUCCAGAUGGACACCCUUGAAAGCAACGUGCGCUCUGAGUGCAAGCAAGCUUUCACUCAGAUGUGCACCUGGGACCCGCGACGUAAUGGUGGUUCAUAUCUGCAUGCUUUCGCUGAACUCCAAACAGAUAUGACCGACCUGACCGCCGACCUCGAGACCUCCGGCAUCCCCACCCUGGACCACAAGAGCUACAUCAUGAAGGUUUUCUUCCCAGGUGUCAACGACCAUCCCAUUCUGAACGACCCAAAGCAGGUCAAGAUUUCCGCGCCCAGGACCAACUACGACGCGGCCAUGCUGCAAUUCGAGCAGCUCGUCAGCAACAAAAACUUCUUGUUGACUUUCAUUGACACGCUGGAGUCUCAAAAGUCUUUCAACAUUAGAGAUAAGGUGAAUGUGGCCUCCCUUCUGAUGGUGGUCCUCAUGGGCAAGAUGGAGUACGCCACUGAAAUUCUUCGGUGCCUUCUCCUGCGCCUCAUUGACAAGUCUGUCGGAAACAAACACCCGCAGUUGAUGCUGCGCCGCACAGAGUCGGUGGUGGAGAAAAUGCUGACCAACUGGAUGGCUCUGUGCAUGUACAACUACCUGAAGGAGUACUCGGGCUCGUCGCUCUUCCUCCUCUUCAAGGCCAUCAAGUACCAGAUCGAAAAAGGGCCCGUCGACUCUGUCACACACGACGCCAGGUACUCCCUUUCUGAAGAGCGCCUUCUCCGAGAACAAAUUGACCAUGGCUUUGUGACGAUUCACCUCGUGCAGGAGGAUCCGCAUUAUGAGAAAAUUCCUUACCAUCAAAGAUAUCAAACUCUCCAUGUGGUGCAGGAGGACGUGGACGAGAAGAUCCAAUGCAAAGUGCUCGACUGCGACACCAUCAGUCAAGUGAAGCUGAAAAUCCUGGACGCCCUGUACAAAAACACGCCCUACACGCUUCGACCGUCCAUCCACGAGAUCGAUCUCGAGUGGCGCCACGGCCGCGGAGGUCACCUGACCCUGCAGGACGAGGACCUGACCACCAAGACCAUCAAUGGCUGGAAGAAGAUCAACACUUUGGCGCACUACGGAGUCAAAGAUUCGGCCGUCAUGUCGCUCAUCCCGAGACAAAACGACGCCUUCAACUCAAACUGCAAACAGCCGUGCCAAAAUUGCACCGGGUCUUCGUACUUCACCAACACCAUCUCGCCCAUCAUCACCAACAAUGGGGACAUUGAAUCUGGGGGACAUUCUGGAAAUGCCAAGAUUUACCAUCUGGUGAGACAGUUGGACGAGAACCACUAUCAGAACAACAAGAACGCCUCGGAGCGGACACACAAAGCUAUUCCUGAGAUUUUCCUGACACGCUUGCUCUCCACAAAGGGCACAAUUCAGAAGUUCGUCGACGACUUCUUCAACACCAUCCUCACUGCCAACGAAUCUCUGCCUCCAGCCAUCAAGUGGCUCUUUGACCUGCUCGACGAGGCUGCCAGAAGGCACGGAAUUACUGACCCUGAAGUUGUGCACGCCUGGAAAUCCAACAGCCUUCCACUGCGGUUCUGGGUAAACUUCAUCAAGAACCCCGAUUUCAUUUUCGACGUCAACAAGACGACGACCGUCGACUGCUGCCUCUCUGUGAUUGCCCAGACCCUGAUGGACUCUUGCUCGACCUCGGAGCACAGGCUCGGCAAGGACUCGCCCUCCAACAAGCUGCUAUUCGCCAAGGACAUUCCCAACUACAGGGAGAUGGUGUCCCACUUUUACUGUGACAUCCAGAUGCUGCCACUAAUCACCGACCAGGAAAUGAGCACAGCCAUGCAGCAACUGUCCGUUUCGCAGAUUGGCGAGUUCGACGUCGUCUCGGCCCUCAAAGAGCUUUACAUUUACGUCAAUAAGUAUAGUGAGCAGAUAUUUGAUGCUCUUGAGACUGACCCAUACUGUAAGAAAAUGCACUUGGCUCACAAGCUGGAGAACGUGGCGUGCACGCUGGAGGGCGAAGAGACGUCAACGUGCUGACGGCGCGGGUCACCUGAUCUUCUCCUGUCCAGCCCUUUCUAUUGACAGGCCUGAGUUUUGCGGAAAACUACUGCCAAACUGUGAUAUUGCUAAGCACACACACACACAAUUCUAGAGGGAGAUUUCACCAUUCAGCCGGCCGGAGUAGCAGAAAGAAAGAGACUUUUCACCCGAUAAAUAUACUUAUUGUGAUCUUUUUGUAAGAAAUUAAAAGCAUCUCCGGAUUAGUGACUUUCGAGGCGAAUAGAGAAUUGCGUUGGUGCAAAUGGACAAACUUUGUUUUCGUGCAGUGUGUUUAACCACAGAAGAGAGUAGAAGAUUUUACUGAUCAGGUGACCUAGUUAGCUUUUUCAUGUGUAUACUUGUUUUAUUUUUUGUAUAACGAUGGAUAUAUUUAUAAUAUUAUUCCGAAACGCGAAUCACAUUUGAUUUUUUGUGAGAUACUUUGAAGAACAGGCUCCGAGGCUUUUCUGAAAAAUUUCCUAUUUUCGAGUGCCUGCGAUCAAUUGUUGAUUGCAAGUCAUUCCUAAUAUUGCAAAAAGAAGUUCUUGCGUCCUGGUAAAAACAGAAAAGAAGUCAUUUUGGUCUUCAUUAUUGAUUGUCAGAGUUAAAUCAGCAAAAAAUUUCAAAUACAACGGCAUUCCUAUUAAACUCUCUUUUAAUUCUCAACUUGAAAGCAAAAGACUGAAUUUGGAACCUGCUCCAAUCCGACAAGAGUGAAUGACCGGAGCGGAGAUUGAGAAGCUGUUGAAAGCCACCCUUAUUCAAGCUGAAUAUUUUUAUUCCUUUUCUCCGAGCCUCGCUAACAACCCUUUAAAAAAUUUCCAUCAAUGCCAAAUCAUUUAAUUGAUUUUGUCCAAAAUUUCAAUUAUUUCAGAAAAUAAAUAAUGCUGUUGUCGUAUUAAAAGAAAAAAUCUGCUGGUCGUGUAUUUCGAAAGAGUAAAUGUUUGAUACUUCAGAGCAAAAAUAAAUAUCUGUACAGAAAUUACCUAGUCUAGGUGGAUGGCAACAUAAUUAAUUCUCGAUGCAACCAACUUGAAAUGUGUCUGAUGUUAACUUAUCUAAAAAUUUGUGUACCAUUUGUAAAUAAAGUAAAGAAAAAAAUGUACUUUCUCCUCAGCAACACAAAACCGAUGGCAUUUUUCCUGUAAAUAAGCGCGUAGACCGACUCGGAUUCCGAGUCAAAUUAACAAACAUUUUCCGUUUGCCAUCUGUCCUGUUAUCACUUAAGAGACAAAAGGUUGUCUAAAUUACGAGGAAAAAAGAAAAACUGAUUGUUGAGCCUAUAUUUGGGAGAUUUUGAAAGGGAAAUAUUCAGAUGUACUCGCGCGGCACACACACAUGUAUAACAAAUUUUUACAGAAAUAACAUGUACUAAAAACUAUUGAUCUCAAAUUAAUUGUAAAAUGCGGUGCUGUCUAGUUUUGUCUACAAAUCAUUUUAAUCUGGUUGUUUGAUAAUUUGCAGAAAUAAUUUUUAACUCUCAGUGUCUGAUGAAAAAUCGAUUGCCGUACAUCUAUAAUAUUUUUGGAAAAAAUUCAAAUCUUGUACAAUUAAUCCGCAUUGUACACCAUUCUGCAUGUGCUUGUUGUGCCCUUGGAUAUGAUAUUUGAAAUAUAAAUAACGUCUGAUAUUUAUAUUUUGAUUGAAAAUCCCUCCAUCCCAAUAAAAAAUUAUAAAAAUAUAAAAA